UGCCGAAAGAAGCACAACAAAUGUGAUGAACAGAAGCCAGAAUGCUCUUUCUGCGCUACCCGGGAGCUGGAUUGCCAGUAUCCCUCCGGACUGAAAUGGGUGCGCCGUGCACAGCCUACACUAUCGAGGCAUCGACCUCGCAGAGAUGUGGUCAAGCCCGAUAGUGCUGGGCUGCUCAACAGGCCUCUUUCCAUCUUUCCCAAUGCUUUGUUUCAAUCUGAUGAGGAGAAACUUGCAUGGGAGUACUACAUGAGGAUGGUAUCCUCCAACGUCCCUGCCCUGGACGGACCCGACAAUCCAUACCGCCACCUCUCAUGGACCGCCUUAUCCUCACCAGUCCUCCUCGACACAAUCGUCUGCAUAGCCACAGAGCACAUGCUAAACUUCGGCCUUGGAAGCGUGUCAACAGCAGCGCACCGCCAACAGCGAAUGCUACGAACCAUAGGACAAAAUCUCCGACUCAUCGAAGCAGGGAAUGGCCGUGAAACGCUGGCAAGAAGCGUCGCACCAGCAAGCAACCGCGACCAUGAAGCAUUACUCACGGCAGUCGUCCUACAGGGAGUCGUCGUCGCCCAGUCGGAAGACGGAGUCCUCGAACCUCACAUCAAAUGCGCCUCGUACCUCAUGGAGACGCUUGACUACUUCCGUCAAAUUCCACACAGUGCCCUUACCCGGAUGGCGGUGCAACGGUUUGCCAUGGUCGACGUGAUGUUGGCGAUCGCCCGACAACGACGACCAUAUGCCCCUAACAACUUUAUCUUGCACCAACCCGAUUCGGCGCGGUGGGACAUGACUGAGCCUUCCUUCCACGGGAUGACGGGCUGUCCUCAGCCGUUAAUGUGCUUCCUUGCGUGCAUCGCCCAUCUCGCAUGUGACGUAGAAGAAAAAUUGGAGCAGCGCGCGCAUAUCGGCUCGAGAACGAUCUUCGUUCCUGGGGCUCCCCCUUAUACGGGGAUGGCCCUCGUGGGAGACUAUGAACGGCCUCCACUGGACAUUCUGACCGAAUGCUUCUACUGGACCGCCCACCUUCUACUGGCGCGGCGCGUCUUCCGAGAUCCAACUCGCUGUCGCCGCGUCCAACAUCUCACGCAGACCUGUUUCGGCCUCAUGGACCGUCUUUCAACCGGCUGUGGUCCUGACUCGUCUUUGCCACAGCCUUUCUAUCUCGCUGCCCGGGAGGCAGUGACGUUGGAAGACCGGGCAUGGGUGCGACAGAAGCAUCAGUCGAUGACCGAGUACUAUCGGGAGCAGCAGCGCAACAUGGCCAUGCGACUCACCGAGCGGGUGUGGAAAAUCACAGAUGAAUUGCAAUUGGCGAAUCCAGUUGAAGUGCACCCUAAUCAAGCAGUGUCGAGUGCGGAUAGGCAGAUCAAAACCCUGGACGAGGGAUCCUGUCUGUUCAUAUUUUGA